GUUCGUUGGAGACCCUGAGGGCUGGUGACAUCUCUACAUUUAUAUUCACGGAAUUUGUCACUUCAUAGAACUGCCACUGCUGACCUCUACAAAGCAAUAGACAUUUUAUCCACAUUGAAAACGGCCAACCUCUGGAUAUGGCGAUGGCAAACAAACUGAAGGCUGCCAAGCCUUCCAAGGAUGACUCGCUUGUGCUUCCUCACUUGCCUCCAAUUAUCCACCCGGACUCUGUGAUAUCGCGGGAGAUGACGCCCAAGCAGAGGAAGCUGCUGCAUCACCGGCGCAGUGAGAGCCAGAGGCGGCUGCUGCAGCAGAUUAUGUUGGCCGAUGCCCUAAAGGUUUAUGAGGGGACAUCAGAACACAACAGGCAAAGGGUUCCAUCUCCACCUGAGCCACAGCUGCCUUCUACGAUGAACAGCACGCAGAAAAAAACAAGGUUGAACUACCUAGCGCUCAAGCGACAGGUGGAGAGUGGGCCAGUGGCACCCAUGCCGCCUUCCUGGCAGGAGGCCAUGCUGUGCUUGGUGCCUGUUCCACUGAGGCAAGAGGAGCUGCUCAAGGAACUUUUGCAGGAGGUCGACGCUUCCUACCGGAGCAGCAUGCACAAGAGCAUGGUUCAAAACAUUUUGGUAAAACCUGACGUGAAGGGCCUCGAAAACGAAGACAUUUCUCCUCCACCUCGGGAGCCAGAGGGACUGGACUUCUCAAGCCCUUGGAGGGAUAGCUUUGAAGCAGCAAGGAAGGACAUUAAAGGAAACUUACAUAUCAUGCACUCGGCGUUGAGGAGCAUCCUUGACAUGGGACACACGGUGCUGUCCCAGACUCUGCUUCUCGACCUCUCCGGAUACCGGGCGAUGGGGCCUCUGGAGCUGACAACGUUUAGCAACAACGUGACGCUGCAACUGGAGAAGGGCGAGGAGAAGCUCAUGCACUCGUGGUUUCCCCGCGUCGUCAGCCUCUUCUCUGACAAGCACAAGAGCACGGAGGCAGACUCCACCGAGUCCUUCCACGGCUGCGUCUCCACGCUGCUCUCCAACCAGCUGAGGGACCUGAUUGUGCGCACGAUCGAGGCGUACGUGCGGCUCUUUGACCUCGCCGAUGGGCGAGCGCUGCCACAUUUCCGGGUGCAGCUGACCUUUGACGACGAGAGCAUGGAGUCGUACCCGAGCAGCGAGGACCUGCGCGGGGCCGUGCUCGCCGUGGCGGCUCAGAUCGGUCGCUCGCUGCAGGCUGUUCCCAUGGUGCAUGCUUGGCUGGCCGGCAGCAGCAGCCCUGAGACCAUCACGGUGCAGACCCCAGAGGAUGUGCUCACGCGUGCCUCAGCUGCACUCCUGCACGCAGUGCAGGCGAACAUGCAGGGCCCACAGGAACAUCUGCAGAGCUACAUUGACCGAUAUGGAUGGCUGGUGAAUGGAACUGCCAGGGAGCGGGUGCACACUUUUAUUUCAGAGGAUCGCUCCUUUGAUGAAUGUGCAACACUGGUGGAAGAGUUCCGGGCGCUGGUGCGUGAACUACAGGGCUUGCCCUCGGUGCUGCACUUCCCCAUGGUGCGGCUUGCGUGCAGCGAGCUCAAGCAGGGCCUGAUGGACAAGGCGCGUGGCUUCAUCAACCUGCUGCUGGAUAAGCUACUCAACCAGCACCGCGCCCAGAACGCAAUGAUUUGCCAGGAGUUUGAGGUAAUGCGGCAGCGCUGCCUCAAAGUGCCGGAGAACAGCGAGGAGAUGAUUGAGCUGGGCUCCUACGUGGACAACGCUCGCAGCAACGGCAUUGCGGUCCUCAACAACAAGAUUCAGGAGUGCUACAGGCGGAUGUCGUUCCUUCUUGAUGUCCACAUCCUGUCACCAGAGGACAUCGCCUUCAACUCCCAAGUGCUGUGUUGGCCCCGUGAGAUCGCCCCUGCAUUUGACCGCAAUGAGGAGCUGAUGGAGGUGGCUCAACGCAAGGGCGAGUCGGAGCUGCUGGCUCGCAGGGAGCGCCUCCUGCUGGAGCUGGACAAGCUGUCACGGCGCGUCGACGGAUUUGCCGAGUGCAGCGAGCUGGACAUGAUUGCACAGUAUGUCAGCGACAUGAGGAUGAUCAGCAAGCGGCUGCAGGACGCUGACGACACCAUUACAUUUAUUAACAAGGAGGAGGUUCUCUACAAGUGGGAGCUGACUUCCUACCCAGAGGUGGAUGCCAUCAGGACGAAGCUCGACCCCUUCCAGAAGCUUUUUACCCUCAUCCUGCGCUGGCAGCGAGCGGAGAAAAAGUGGAUGGACGGCUCGUUCCUUGAGCUCAAUGGUGAGACGAUGGCCACGGAGUUGGAGGAGUUCUUUCGAGAGAUGUACAAGCACCUCAAGUUCUUCCAGCAGCGGCAAAAGAAGGCAGAGCAGGAGCGCCAGCGAGACGCCCCGCGCAAAAAGCGCGGGGACAGUGCCGGGGCUGAGAUCGAGGAAGCUCAGGAGCAGUCCGAUCCGUCCGUGCAGAUGUGCAGCAACGUGCUGGGGCAUGUCAAGGAGUUUAAGGAACACACCCCCUUGGUGUCUGUCCUGUGCAACCCGGGCAUCAGGGAACGGCACUGGGUUCAGAUGUCAGAGGUCGUGGAAAACGACAUCACCCCCGAUUCGGGCACCACCCUGCGCAAGGUCCUCAAGCAGAACCUGAUCCCUUACCUCAACAAGUUUGAGCAAAUCAGCGCGGCAGCGAGCAAGGAAUACUCCCUGGAGAAGGCGCUGCACACAAUGGUGGAGAUAUGGGACAGCGUUACGUUCACCACGCUGCAGUACCGCGAGACCGGUGUCUGCAUCCUCUCGUCGGUCGACGAGAUUCAGAGCACACUCGACGAUCAGAUCGUCAAGACACAGACCAUGCGCGGCUCGGCCUUCAUCAAGCCCUUUGAGAAGGAGAUCAAGGCGUGGGAGGAGCGCCUCGUCCGCAUACAGGAGACGCUCGACGAGUGGCUCAAGGUGCAGGCGCAGUGGCUCUACCUGGAGCCCAUCUUCUCGUCGCAGGACAUCAUGCAGCAGAUGCCCGAGGAAGGCCGCCUCUUCCAGACGGUCGAUCGCAACUGGAGAGAGGUCAUGAAGUUCUGCAGCAGAGACCCGAAGGUGCUGGCUGCCACCUCCAUGACGGGCCUCCUAGACAAGCUGCAGAACUGCAAUGGCCUCCUGGAUAAAAUCAUGAAGGGCCUCAAUGCCUACCUGGAGAAGAAACGACUCUUUUUCCCAAGAUUCUUCUUCUUGUCAAACGACGAGAUGCUGGAGAUCCUGUCGGAGACGAAGGACCCACUGCGCGUGCAGCCGCACCUCAAGAAGUGCUUUGAGGGCAUCGCUCGCCUCGGGUUCCUGCCCAACCUGGACAUCGGCGCCAUGUUCAGCAGCGAGGGCGAGCGCGUCGAGCUGGUGGAGCGCGUGUCCACCAGUGAGGCGCGCGGCGCCGUGGAGAAGUGGCUGCUGCAGGUGGAAGAUGUGAUGCUGCGCAGCGUGCGUGACGUCAUUGUCCGCGCGCGCACGGCAUACGCCAACACCGAAAGAAAAGACUGGGUCCGUGAGUGGCCAGGCCAAGUGGUCAUCUGUGUCUCCCAGAUGUUCUGGACAACGGAAGUGCAUGAAGCCAUCAAGGAUGGCCCGCAGGGCCUGCGCGGAUACAGCGAGCGGCUGCAGGAUCAGCUGAAGGACAUCGUGGAGCUCGUGAGAGGAGACCUCUCCAAGCAGACGCGUGUCACGCUGGGCGCCCUGGUGACGAUCGACGUGCACGCGCGUGACGUCGUGUUAGACAUGAUUGACAAAGGGGUGUCGAAUGAGACCGACUUUCAGUGGUUAGCGCAACUGCGUUACUACUGGGAGAGUGAGCAGGUGCGCGUACGCAUCGUCAACUGUAACGUGAAGUACGCCUACGAAUACCUGGGGAACUCGCCUCGCCUCGUCAUCACGCCGCUCACCGACCGCUGCUACCGCACCCUGGUUGGCGCAUUCUAUCUGAACCUAGGAGGAGCCCCAGAGGGUCCGGCCGGCACUGGCAAAACGGAGACUACGAAGGACUUGGCUAAGGCUCUGGCCGUGCAGUGUGUGGUGUUCAACUGCUCCGAUGGGCUCGACUACCUGGCCAUGAGCAAGUUCUUCAAGGGCCUGGCAUCUUCAGGCGCAUGGGCCUGCUUUGACGAGUUCAACCGCAUCGAGCUGGAGGUGCUGUCCGUGGUGGCGCAGCAGAUUCUGUGCAUCCAGCGCGCCAUCCAGACCAAGAUGGUGACCUUUGCCUUUGAGGGCACGGAGCUGGUGCUCAACCCCAACUGCUUUGUGGCUAUAACCAUGAACCCAGGCUACGCUGGCCGUUCGGAGCUGCCCGACAACCUGAAGGUGCUGUUCCGCACAGUGGCCAUGAUGGUGCCGAACUAUGCUCUGAUCGCGGAGAUCUCGCUCUACUCGUACGGAUUUCUCAACGCCAAGCCGCUGUCGGUGAAGAUCGUCAUGACGUACCGCUUGUGCUCAGAGCAGCUGUCUUCGCAGUUCCACUACGACUACGGCAUGCGCGCGGUCAAGGCGGUGCUCAUAGCGGCCGGCAACCUCAAGCUCAAGUUCCCGAACGAGAACGAGGACAUCCUGUUGCUGCGAUCUAUCAAGGAUGUGAACGAGCCCAAGUUCUUGUCGCACGACAUCCCACUCUUCAAUGGCAUCACGAGUGACCUCUUCCCUGGCAUUACCCUUCCAGUUGCUGACUACACGCUGUUCCUCGAGGCUGCAAGAGAGUGCUGCAGCCGGCACAACGUGCAGCCCGUCAAGGUGUUCCUGGAAAAACUCAUCCAGACCUACGAGAUGAUGAUCGUGCGGCACGGCUUCAUGUUGGUGGGGGAGCCGUUUGCCGGCAAGACCAAGGUGCUGCAGGUGCUGGCGGACACGCUGACGCUGAUGAGCGAGCGUGGCCAGGGUGGCGAGGAGCGUGUGCAGUUGCGCACCGUCAACCCCAAGGCCAUCACCAUGGGCCAGCUGUUCGGCCAGUUUGACCCUGUGUCACAUGAGUGGACAGACGGAAUAGUGGCCAACACGUUCCGCGAGUUUGCGUCGUCAGACACGCCGGAUCGCAAGUGGGUGGUGUUUGACGGUCCCAUCGACACGCUGUGGAUUGAGAGCAUGAAUACGGUGCUCGACGACAACAAGAAGCUGUGUCUCAUGAGUGGAGAGAUCAUUCAGAUGUCACAACCAAUGAGCCUCAUCUUUGAGGCCAUGGACCUCUCGCAAGCCUCCCCGGCCACCGUGAGUCGGUGCGGCAUGAUCUACAUGGAGCCGUCGCAGCUGGGCUGGCAGCCGCUGGUGCAGUCGUGGCUUGGCACCCUUCCGCCAACCCUGCAGCAGGAGGACAACAGGGUCCUGCUGCAGGAGCUCUUCACCUGGCUGGUGGCGCCCUCCUUGCGAAUGGUCCGCAAGCAAUGCAAGGAGCUGGUGCAGACGUCGGAUGGGAACCUGGUGGUGUCCCUCACGCGCCUCUUUGAGAUGCUGCUGUGUGGCCUGCUCGGUCAGGAGUCGGACAGCAAGAACGUGCGCGUGUGGAUAAUGGCCAGCUUUGCUUUCUCGCUCGUGUGGUCGGUGGGAGCUUCGUGCGACUCUGAUGGUCGCGUCAAGUUUGACUCCUUCCUGAGGGAGUUGCUCGCGGGAAAGUCCAAGGAUCACCCGCUGCCUCCCACCGUCGGCAAGUGGGAGUGCCCGCUGGAGGAGAGAGGCCUGGUCUACGACUACAUGUAUGAGCUGAAAGGCCGUGGCCACUGGGUGCACUGGAACGAGCUGAUCAAAAACCCGCACUUGGGAGACAAAGGCACCAAGGUGCAGGACAUCAUCGUGCCCACCAUUGACACUGCGCGCUACACCUACCUCAUGGACCUCUGCAUUCAACACUCCAGGCCGUUGCUUUUUGUGGGCCCAACGGGCACGGGCAAGUCUGUGUACAUCAAGAACAAGCUGAUGAACAACUUGGACAAGGAGCGGUACCUGCCUUUCUUUGUCAACUUCUCAGCUCAGACGAGUGCCAACCAAACGCAGAACAUCAUCAUGUCGAAGCUUGACAAGCGCAGGAAGGGCGUGUUUGGCCCCCCAAUGGGCAAGCGCAGCGUGAUAUUCGUGGACGACAUGAACAUGCCGGCACUCGAGAAGUUCGGGGCUCAGCCGCCCAUUGAGCUGCUGCGGCAGUUCUUUGACCACGGCAAUUGGUAUGACCUCAAGGACACUUCCAAGAUCCGGCUUGAGGACCUGCAGCUGCUGGCAGCGAUGGGACCUCCUGGCGGCGGCCGCAAUGCCGUGACGGCGCGGUUCCUGCGACACUUCAACAUCUGCACCAUCAACAGCUUCAGCGACGAGACGAUGGUGCAUAUCUUCUCCAGCAUCAUGGCGUUUUACCUGCGCAACAACGACUUCCCUCCAGAGUUCUUCACUGUCGGGAACCAGAUCGUCAGCGCCACCCUGGAGGUGUACAAGAAGGCGAUGCAGAACCUGCUGCCCACGCCGACCAAGUCGCACUACACGUUCAACCUGCGAGACUUCUCGCGCGUCGUCCAGGGCGUGCUGCUGUUGCGGCGCGAGGCCGCGGACGGCCGCCGCUCCAUGCUGCGCCUCUUCGUGCACGAGGUUUACCGCGUCUUCCACGACCGCCUGGUGGAUGACCAGGACCGCCGCUGGCUCUAUGGCCUGAGCCGCGACCUCCUGCGCGACCACUUCAAGGAGAGCUUCGAUGCCGUCUUUGAGAACCUCAAGGAGGAGGGGCGGCCCCUCUGCCAAGAGGACAUGCGCAAGCUAAUGUUCGGGGACUACAUGAACCCUGACCUCAUGGAUGAAGAGCGACUAUACGCAGAGGUUCCCUCCGUUCAGCAGUUCAGCAGCGUUGUGGAGCAGUGCCUGGAGGAGUACAACCAGACGCACAAAAACCGCAUGAACCUCGUGAUAUUCGGCUAUGUCCUGGAGCACCUGUCGCGCAUCAGCCGCGUGCUCAAGCAGCCUGGGGGCCACGCGCUGCUCGUCGGGGUCGGCGGGAGCGGCCGCCAGUCGCUCACACGACUCGCCACGGCGAUGUCCGGCAUGGCGCUCUUCCAGCCAGAAAUCUCGAAGAGCUACGGGCACACCGAGUGGCGCGAGGACGUCAAGGCCCUGCUGAAGAGUGCCGGCGCCAAGGGACAGAAGACCGUGUUCCUCAUCACGGAUACGCAGAUCAAGCAGGAGUCUUUCCUGGAGGACAUCGAUAACCUCCUAAACACGGGCGAGGUGCCCAACCUCUUCGCAGCCGAUGAGCGCCAGGACAUCAUGGAGGCGGUGAGGCCGGUGGCUCAGGCCGGCAACAAGAAUGUUGAGCUCAGCCCCCUGGCCCUGUUCGCCUUCUUUGUGAACCGCUGCCGAGAGAACCUGCACGUGGUGGUGGCAUUCAGCCCCAUCGGGGACGCCUUCCGCACACGCCUGCGCCAGUUCCCCUCGCUCAUCAACUGCUGCACCAUUGACUGGUUCCAGCCAUGGCCGGAAGAUGCCCUGGAACGGGUGGCCAACAAGUUCCUGCAGACUCUGGAGCUGACUGAUCACGAGCGUACUGAGGUGGUGCCGAUCUGCAAGUUCUUCCACACGUCGGCUAUAGAGCUGUCGCAGUCGUUCCUACAGGAGCUGGGCCGGCACAACUACGUGACUCCCACGUCUUACCUGGAGCUGAUCGCCGCCUUCCGGCAGCUGCUGACGGAGCAGCGCGAUGCCGUCAUGAAGGCCAAGCUGCGCUACACGAACGGGCUGGACAAGCUCGCUUUUGCCGGCUCCCAGGUUUCUGAGAUGAAGAAGGAGCUGAUGGAUCUGCAGCCUCAGCUGGAAAAAGCCAAGAUUGAGAAUGCCAGCAUGAUGAAGGUCAUUGAGAAGGAGUCGGCUGAGGUGGAAGCCAAGAGCCGCGUGGUAAAGGCGGACGAGGAGGUGGCAACGGUGAAGGCGUCCGAGGCUCAGGCACUGAAGGACGAGUGUGAGAGCGAGCUCGCCGAGGCAAUCCCUGCCCUGGAGGCCGCCCUCUCCGCCCUCAAUACUCUCAAGCCGUCAGACAUCACCAUCGUGAAGUCCAUGAAGAACCCCCCAGCCGGCGUGAAGUUGGUGAUGUCGGCCGUGUGCGUCAUGAAGGAAAUCAAACCCGAGAAAGUGAACGACCCCAGCAACCCUGGGCAGAAGGUGUGGGACUUCUGGGGACCAAGCAAAAGACUUCUUGGAGACAUGAACUUCCUGGGUAUGCUGAAGGAAUACGAUAAGGACAACAUCCCGGUGGCAGUCAUGCAGAAGAUCCGUACAGAAUACAUCACCAACCCUGACUUUGAUCCAGCUAAGGUGGUUAAGGCCUCCUCUGCUGCUGAGGGCCUUUGCAAGUGGAUCCUGGCUAUGGAGGUGUAUGACAGGGUGGCGAAGGUUGUGGCGCCCAAGAAAAUUCGUUUGGCCGAGGCCGAGCAGUCGCUCGCCCAGACGAUGGCGCUGCUGGAGAGGAAGCGAGCCGAGCUCAAGGAGGUGGAGGACCGACUUGCCGCGUUGCAGAAGACCUUCGACGAAAAAACGGAGGAGAAGGUGCGCCUGGAGUUCCAGGUGGACCUCUGCGCCAAGAAGCUGGAGCGGGCGGAGAAGCUCAUAGGAGGGCUCGGCGGGGAGAAGUCCAGGUGGUCUAAAGCGGCGGAGGACCUACAGAACACGUACGACAACCUCACGGGGGACGUGCUCAUCUCAUCCGGGGUCAUCGCCUACCUCGGGGCCUUUACUGCCGCCUUCCGACAAGACUGCACGCGUCGCUGGACCCAGAUCUGCAAGGAGAAGAAGAUCCCAUGCUCCAAUGACUUCUCACUGAGCAAGACACUGGGGGAGCCCAUCAAGAUCCGCGCGUGGAACAUUGCGGGGCUGCCCACGGACAACUUCUCCAUCGACAACGGCGUCAUCGUUGACAACUCCAGACGCUGGCCUCUCAUGAUUGACCCCCAAGGCCAGGCAAACAAGUGGGUGAAGAACUCGGAGCGUGACAAUAAGCUGACGGUCAUCAAGCUCACAGAUGGCGACUACAUGCGCAGUCUGGAGAACUGCAUCCAGUUCGGGACGCCCGCGCUGCUGGAGAAUGUGGGACAGGAGCUGGACCCCUCGCUCGAACCGCUGCUGCUCAAGCAGACCUUCAAACAAGGCGGCGUGGACUGCAUCCGCCUGGGCGAGAGCAUCAUCGAGUACUCAAGCGACUUCCGCUUCUACAUGACAAGCAAGCUGCGCAACCCUCACUACCUGCCCGAGCUCGCCACCAAGGUGUCGCUGCUCAACUUCAUGAUCACCCCGGAGGGCCUGGAGGACCAGCUGCUGGGCAUUGUCGUUGCCAAGGAGAGACCGGAGCUGGAGGAGGAGAGGAACGCACUGAUCCUGCAGUCGGCUGCCAACAAGAAGCAGCUGAAGGACAUCGAAGAUCAGAUCCUAGAGACGCUGCAGUCGUCACAGGGAAACAUCCUGGAGGACGAGUCGGCGAUCACCAUCCUCGAUUCGGCCAAAGUCAUGUCCAACGAGAUCACAAAAAAGCAGCAGGUUGCGGAGAGGACAGAACUCAAGCUUGCAGAGUCUCGGGAGGGCUACAGACCCAUCGCUCGCCACUCUGCUGUCCUGUUCUUCAGCAUUGCUGACCUGGCCAAUAUUGACCCCAUGUACCAGUACUCCCUGGCUUGGUUCACCAACCUCUACAUCAUCUCCAUCCUGGACAGCAACAAGUCCAAGCUUCUGGACAAGCGCCUGCGAUACCUCAACGACCACUUCACCUACAACCUCUACUGCAACGUGUGCCGCUCGCUGUUUGAGAAGGACAAGCUGCUCUUCUCCUUCGUGCUCUGUGCUAAUCUUCUCAUUGCUCGUAAAGAGCUGGACAUGCAGGAGUUCCUCUUCCUGCUCACGGGGGGAGUGGGGCUGGAGAACAAGCGCAACAACCCUGACCCCACUUGGCUUCUGGACCGCAGCUGGGACGAGAUAUGUCGCAUGAGCGACAAUCCCAGCUUCCAGGGCUUCAGGGAGCACUUUGAGAGUGCAAUGGAGCAGUGGCGAGCGAUAUACGAGAGCAAAACUCCGCACAAUGCACCCUUCCCACAGCCUUGGGACACAAAGCUCAACAUCUUCCAGAAGAUGAUCGUCAUCCGGUGCCUCCGCCCAGACAAGGUCGUGCCGGCCAUCACGAGCUUUGUGACGGACAAGCUGGGCAAGAAGUUUGUGGAGCCGCCCCCAUUUGACCUGGUGAAGAGCUACGCUGACUCUAAUGCCGCCAUCCCCCUCGUCUUCGUGCUCUCGCCCGGCGCUGACCCCAUGGCCAGCUUGCUCAAGUUUGCCAACGACCGCAACUAUGGGGGAGACAAGUUCAACGCCAUCUCCCUGGGCCAGGGUCAGGGCCCCGUGGCGGCGCGCAUGAUUGAAGCAGCCAUGCGGACGGGCAAGUGGGUGUGCCUGCAGAACUGCCACCUGGCCGUGUCGUGGAUGCCCUCGCUUGAGAAGAUCUGCGAAGAUCUGAGCCCUGACAACUGCCAUCCAGACUUCCGGCUGUGGCUCACCAGCUACCCGUCGGACAAGUUUCCCGUGAGCAUCCUGCAGAACGGGGUCAAGAUGACCAACGAGCCUCCGACCGGAUUGCGCAUGAAUCUGCUGCAGUCGUACCUCAGCGAUCCCAUCUCAGACCCUGACUUCUUCAACAGCUGUCCUGGAAAAGAGCACGUGUGGCAGAAGCUGCUGUUCGGCGUGUGCUUCUUCCACGGGCUGGUGCAGGAGCGCAGAAAGUUUGGACCCCUCGGCUGGAACAUCCCAUACGGCUUCAACGAAUCCGACCUGCGCAUCAGCAUACGUCAGCUGCAGCUCUUUGUGACGGAGUACGAGCACGUGCCCUUCGAGGCCAUCUCUUACCUGACGGGCGAGUGCAACUAUGGCGGGCGCGUCACAGACGAUUGGGACCGCCGCUGCCUGCUCACCGUCCUGCAGGACUUCUACUCGCCGCAACUGCUGGAGGACGCCCACUACAACUUCUCGCCCAGCGGCCUCUACCGCGCGCCACCCAGGGGCACCUACGAAGACUGCAUUGAGUUCAUAAAGAAGCUGCCAUUCGCUCAGCAGCCCGAGGUGUUUGGGAUGCACGAGAACGUGGACGUCUCCAAGGACCUGCAGCAGACGCGGACGCUCUUCGACUCGCUCGUCCUCACGCAGGGCGGCGGGCGCAAGGGUGGCUCGGCCAGCAACACGGACGCCCUCCUGCAGGACAUCGCUGGAGACAUCCUCAGCAAACUGCCCAAGGACUUUGACAUUGAGGCCGGCCUGCAGAAGUUCCCCGUGCGCUACGAGGAGAGCAUGAACACCGUGCUGGUGCAGGAAAUGGAACGCUUCAACAACUUGAUCAGGACAAUCCGCAGCACGUUGCAGAACCUGCAGAAAGCCAUCAAGGGUCUGGUCGUCAUGAGCUCGGAGCUGGAGGCGCUGACCAGCAGCCUGAUGGUGGGGAAGGUCCCGGAGAGCUGGGCCAAGCGAUCGUAUCCAAGCCUCAAACCACUCGGCAAUUACAUCACCGACUUCCUCGCCCGCCUCAAGUUCCUGCAGGAUUGGUUUGACCACGGAAAGCCCCACGUCUUCUGGCUCUCCGGGUUCUUUUUCACGCAAGCCUUUCUGACGGGCGCCAUGCAGAACUACGCCAGGAAGCACACCAUCCCCAUCGACCUGCUGGGCUUCGAGUUUGAGGUCCUGGCUAAGGAUAGCAGUGAGGAUUCCCCGGAGGAUGGCGUUUACAUCAAUGGACUCUUUCUGGACGGAGCACGCUGGGACAGACGCAAGGGAAUCUUGGCCGAGCAGCACCCCAAGGUGCUGUUUGAUGCCAUGCCGGUCAUUUGGAUCAAACCAAGUAAAAAAUACAGCUCCAAGGAAGCGGACGACUACGUGUGUCCUCUGUACAAGACGAGCGAGCGACGAGGCACGCUGUCCACCACGGGGCACUCCACCAACUUUGUCAUCGGCAUGCGCUUGCUCACCGACCGCCACCCGCGCCACUGGAUCAAGCGCGGCGUGGCGCUGCUUUGUCAGCUGGACAGCUAGCCCAGCUGCCCCCCCACCAGCUCACCCACCAGCUCACCCACCAUCUCACCCCCAGCUCCCCCACCAGCUCACCCACCAUCUCACCCCCAGCUCCCCCACCAGCUCACCCACCAGCUCACCCACCAUCUCACCCCCAGCUCACCCACCAGCUCACCCACCAGCUCACCCACCAGCUCGCACCAGCUCCCACCAGCUCCCACCAGCUCCCCCACCAGCUCACCCACCAGCUCACCCACCAGCUCACCCACCAGCUCACCCACCAGCUCACCCCCAGCUCUCCCACCAGCUCACCCCCAGCUCCCCCACCAGCUCCCCCACCAGCUCACCCCCAGCUCCCCCACCAGCUCACCCACCAGCUCUCCCACCAGCUCACCCCCAGCUCACCCCCAGCUCUCCCACCAGCUCACCCACCAGCUCUCCCACCAGCUUACCCACCAGCUCACCCACCAGCUCACCCCCAG